AUGCAGCUACGGACUCCUUCGGCCGAAACCCCCCAGGGAUCUCAGCAGCAGCACCUGCAAGACCUUCAAUUCAUUGUCUCUGGAAUACUAUCUAACGAAAAUACGAUUCAUGAUCAGAGAGCCAACAUCGCCGCUGAAGCAAACCAAGCCACAUAUCGCACCGUUCGCGAUCAUCAAAUCAUGGCCAAUGAACAUGGCGUAUCUAUUUUUGAGUGGAUGGAAGAGCUGAAAGAAGAGGUCAGGGACCUUCGCCGAGAGCUUCACGACGUCAAGAGAGAGCUUCAAGACGUCAAGAGAGAGCUUCACGACACCAAGAGAGAGCUUGAGGACACCAAGAGAGAGCUUCAAGACGUCAAGAGAGAGCUUCACGACACCAAAGGAGAGCUCAGUGAAGUGCGAGAGUCAUUAAUGAAUAUUAGAGAGCGAAACUACCUCACGUUUUUACGUGACCAUGUUACCAGCUUCAACAGAACACACAAAAACCGUAUCUACAUCUUGAAUUCAUCAGAGGUUCAUGGUGGCGACGCUCUACUAGAUGCUUCUAUGUUCCUAUCACGACGAGGUGACUGUCCAGAAGAACGACGCCUCUUUCAACGGAUCUAUGGCCUAAGUGCUGAGAAGCUCCAAGAAUUUCGGUCUACUCCACACCCGUCUAUUCUCCGUGUGUUAAACGCUGUUGGCUACUUCCACCUAUCAGGCAAAGUCGCACUUAGGGAGGAAAAGCUAGAGACAACAUUCGACCGGGUCGUGGAGCUGGUGGAAGACGGAGAGAUUGAGGAGGCAGAGAGGCUUGCGAGCGCACUCUCUCCGAACGAUUUCUCCUACCAAUGCGAUGAGUAA